AUGGCACCAAAGUUCUUUAUCACCGGCGCUACAGGCUACAUCGGCGGUGACGCUCUAUUUCACCUUGCACAGCAACACCCUGACCUCGACUUCGCACUGUUGGUGAGGUCCGAAGACAAGGCCAAACAAGUGCAAUCGAAAUACCCGAAUGCCCGGAUUGUUUUGGGGAACUUGGAUGAUGCGGAUAUUAUCCGCCGCGAGUCCGCGUUAGCGGAUGUAGUUCUUCAUACUGCCGAUUCUUCAGACCACGAAGGUAGCGCAAAGGCAAUUGCACUCGGUCUCGCCGAGGGACACUCACCCUCUAGACCUGGUUACUGGCUUCACGUCGGCGGUAGUGGUAUUCUGACCUACUUCGAUUCAGAGGUGAAGAAGACGUUUGGCGAGCCUGACGAUAAGGUGUUCAACGAUUUCGAUGGUGUUGAUGAGCUUGUUAAUCUCCCUGACGCUGCAUUCCACCGCAACGUCGAUAAAAUCGUUCUAGAAACGGGUAAACGGUACCCCGAAAGUGUUAAGACAGCAAUCAUUUGCCCUCCAACCAUUUACGGGAAAGGAAAGGGUCCGGUCUCGGGGCGCGGACGGCAGGUCUACGAGUUGACAUCAUUCAUUAUCAAGGAACAAUAUUGUCCGCGGAUUGGGAGAGGUCUCGCCCGUUGGAACCAUAUCCAUGUCCACGACUUAAGCAGCUGCAUCUGUCUGCUGGCGAAGGCUGCACUUGAUCCCGCCCGCAGCCCUGACAAUGACUUGCAGAUCUGGGGUUCACAAGGAUACUUUCUGACAGAAAACGGUGAGCACACCUGGGGUGACUUGGCUGUUCGAAUCGGACGCGAGGUGUGCAAGCAGGGACUUGUAGACAAGGAUCUGGAAACUAGAGAAUGGUCGAUGGAUGAGGCCAUCAAAUCUCCCGCAGGAUUCGAGGCUGCAAGCUGGGGACUGAACUCUCAAGCCAAGGCACUUCGGGCGAGGAAGGUUCUGGGGUGGCAGCCGGCGGAACGUGGCUUAGAAGAUGAAAUUCCGACCAUCGUCCAGUCUGAGGCAGUCAGGCUGGGUUGA